CAAAUAGAAUAUUUUCAGUUUGAAAUGAAUUUGCUUCAAGUUUGCAUCAUUAAUCCGAAGAAAACGGAGAAAUAUCAUCAAAUCAAAUCAUGGAAAUGUCAAAAAUCGUUUUGAUUAUUCAAUUUACAUUUGCAUUAACUUGUUUAUUAAUACAAUUCUACGCUAUUUGUUCAGCACGAUGGGCAUCAUUCGAAUCACGUAUCGAACUUGGCUUGAUUGAAGAACAUGGUCAUUACGGUCUAUGGUCAAUGUGUACAUAUCGUAAAUUAAUUCCAGCACAAGUUGAUGAUGAUGGCCGAAUCAUUAUUGAUUCAGAUUGUGAUUCGAUGGACACUUUUUUUACUCCUGAUCAUCCAAAAGUUUUCAUUUCGUUUUUUGUCAUCUGCCAUGCAUUGGCAUUAAUUAUUUUUUGUUCGAUGAUUUUAUUUCGUUUAAUUGAAUUGUAUCAUGAUAGUUGGAAUACAAAUUCUGAUGAUCUUGAAAUGAAUACAACAAAAAUGAAAAGAUUUUUCAUUAUCGCCAGUCGUUUGAUGGCCAAUCGUAUUCAAACGCGAAAUGAUGAAGAAUAUUAUGUACAAACACAAAUUCGUAAUAAACUUUAUGCCAUCAGUGUAGCAGUAUUAUCAACAAUGUUAGCUUUGGCUGGAGCAUUAACGCCACAACAAUCAUUAAGAGAUACCGAUUUGCUAAGAAAUAUGGCACAGGUGAAUUAUCGAGUAUGGCGUGGACCAGGAUUCUGGGCUCAGAUGACCACAAUGAUCAUGGAUAUGCUAAUCACAACAUUGAUUGUAAUUGAAGUUCGAGUUGUAUUUGUACAAUUUCAUCUUCAAUCAGCCAUUAUAACAAUCGAACCAAACACUAUUGAUAAUGAUGAGACAACUGCUGAUGAUAAUGAUGAUGAAAUUGUGACAGUCAUUAAUCAUCAAUCCAUAGAUGAUAAUUUUAUAGUUAAUCCAUUUUUUUCAAACUAUCAUUCAAACGAUAGUCGAUUAAUGAAUGUUACUCUAACACAUAAAUCAAAAAAUUCUAUUGAAAUGACAAUACCGAAAAUGGUAUCAACGCCAACGCAAGCAUCUAUGAAUCAACAAUCAACAAUAGAUGGGCAAUAUAUCAAUUCAGAACAGGUUCGUCAUAUGAAAAACCAAAGAAUUCAACAACAACAACAACAAAUAGAAAACUUGAACAAAGAAACUGCUUAUUGUAAUCCAAUGUACAAAGACGAUUAAUGAUGUUAGCUAUAUUUGUUUAGA